AUGUCUGCUGUUCGUAUAAAACAGAGGCUCAUCUCAAGGUUUCACGAAUACCUAGAUAGAGGUCAGUUUGUUGACUUGAAGUUAAGACACGGCGUUAACACUUAUCAAGUUCACAGCCUUGUAUUAGCGAAAUAUUCAGGCUGGUUUGCUAAAACAAUUAAGGAAAUGGAUUGCUGCCCUGGCGACAGAAUGAUGAAGAUAAAUCUUCCAGAAGAUCCUGAUGAUCAAUUUGGAACAAUUAUCAAAAUUUUAUACACCGAUCAAUUAACUUUAGAUAUCAAAAGCGCACCGGCUUUGCUUAGGAUUGCAACAUAUUAUGAAAUGCCUCAUCUCCAAGCAAUUGUCAGACAUUUUAUCGCAAAAACUACAGUUGAACCGAUAAUCAAUGAUGCUGUACUGUUUUCCUACGCAUCAAAGUUUAUACAAUUCAAACUCAUCGACGAUGCCAUCAAACUUGCUCCAGAAUUCGCUAAGCGCUUGAUGAGCAAAUCCAAAACUCCUUCUGAUGUAAAUAAAUAUAUAGUCAGAAUCUACCAAGAAGUCAAAGAUGGCCGCGUUGUUGCUGCAAUUAUUCUUGACCAAAACUUUUUGAAUUAUUGGUCCGAGGAAGAAAAGGUUGCACAGCUAGAUCGCUACCACAAAUUCAAUCCUGAUAUUACAGAUGAUGAAAAGGAAGCGCUUUCGAACUUCAACAUUAUUAAUUGGAAGUCACCAACCGCAUAUCAAUAUCUUGUCAAGUAUCAAUGCGAUUGGCUUCCACCAAGAGUCUUACGUCCUCUCUACGAAUCGAUUUUCAAGUACCGUCGUGCAAACGCCCAUCACUUCGAAAAAGAUAUUCAAAAUUCUUCCUCAACAGUUUCUCGCUGGUAUCCGUUCUCAUGGGCCACGCAGAUAGCGAAUGCAAUCGAAUCGGAAUCUACACCUGUUGUCGAGUUAAUAAGCUUCAUUACUACAUUGGGCGGAUUAAUUGUUCCAAAGGAUGGCGAUGCAGUUAAGUUCGGCCUUCUCAAUCCAAAUGGCAACCAGAAAUUACCACAGGAAGAGUUAUCUACUUUCGAAAUGGCCAACAUAUUCAAAGAUGAUAACAGUUAUUACCAAGCCAUAUUAUACGACGAUAAAAUUGGCCAUGGCCCUAACUUUAUCGUUAUCGAAUUGGGCAAGUCCUGCGAGUUCAAGCCACAAAAUGUUAUUGUUGAUAUGAAAUAUCCAGAUACAAUCAGCGACAGUUUGAGCAAAUAUAAGAACUCAAGAAAGCAACACUUCCCUGAAUAUAUUACAACAUCAUCUUUCUCUUCAAUCCCUGAAUUUAAAGAAACUUUAUUCAAAACUGACAACAAACAGCAACCAUUAUUCGAAUACGCGUUGUCCAAACCGUUCAACAGAAUUUACAUCAAUCCUCCGCUCGAUGGAUCCCUCAUAGUUUUCAGAGUUAGAUUAGUCAAGAUUUUCGGUUCAUUCUUACAGACACACGGAUAA